UGUGUCCCUAAUGCUGACGUUUUGAAUAAGGAAGUGUAUGAAGUCUUUAUGAAAGAAAGACGUGUAGUGGUACAAUGAGCUGUAUCUGCAAUCGAGACGAAGUAACGUUUUGAAAUAAUUUAACCCGUAAUGGAGAACUGGAGCCUUAUAUCGCUUUGUGUUCUGUUGGCUCUGACGGCGAGAUGGGCAGUCUCUUUGAGCUCAUAUUCAGGUGCAGGCAAGCCACCAAUGUUUGGGGACUAUGAAGCUCAGAGACACUGGCAAGAAUUGACCUAUAAUCUUCCUGUUCAGCAAUGGUACUUCAAUACCAGUGACAACAACCUCCUCUACUGGGGUCUUGAUUAUCCACCUCUAACAGCUUACCACAGUCUUCUCUGUGCUCACGUAGCUCGGUUAAUAAAUCCAGACUGGAUUGCCUUGCACACAUCACAAGGUUACGAAAGCAUCACUCACAAGUUAUACAUGCGAGCCACAGUUCUGGUUGCCGACAUCUUAAUAUACAUUCCAGUAGUCCUUCUGUACUGUUUCUGUUUGAGUGAAGGGUCUGCAAAAAAGAAGGUUUCUACAAUGCUGUGCAUCUUGCUGUAUCCAGGACUGAUUUUAAUUGAUUAUGGACAUUUUCAAUAUAACUGUGUGAGUCUGGGUUUGGCCCUCUGGGGAGUGCUGGGCCUGGGGCAGGGCUGGGAUUUGUUUGGCUCCUUCGCGUUCAGCUUGGCUCUGAACUACAAGCAAAUGGAGCUAUAUCACGCAUUGCCAUUUUUCUGCUAUCUCCUAGGGAAGUGUACUAAGCAGGGUCUGACAGGCAAAGGAUUGGUCCACCUGAUGAAGAUUGCAGUCACAGUGAUAGGCUCCUUUGCUCUUUGCUGGCUGCCUUUCCUGUCAGACUCCCAGCAGAUCUUUCAGGUUCUCCGUCGGCUCUUUCCUGUGGACCGAGGUCUGUUCGAGGAUAAGGUGGCCAACACAUGGUGCAGUCUAAGUGUUCUGAUUAAGAUAAAAAACCUGGUGUCUCCUCAAUCACAGCUAUAUCUCAGUUUUGCUGCCACUCUUCUCUUUCUUUUGCCCUCUUGUGUAAAAUUGUUCAUUGAUCCUACAUUCCGGGGAUUCAAACUAGCACUGGUGAACUGCUCAUUGGCAUUUUUUCUAUUUUCCUUUCAAGUUCAUGAAAAGUCAAUUCUUCUCCCUGCACUUCAACAGCCACUCAACCGGAAGUACAAUGCGGCUCCAAGGAAAGAAGGAAAGCGAGUGUUUUGGACUGCAAAUGGAGGAGAGGCUCGUCGAACUUUGGAGCCAGCACAGAUGUCUGUUUACUUUCGUGCCAUGCCUUUUCUCUUAUUCCGGUGUGCUCCAUGUUAAUUGGCUGCCAAAAUGAGGUGAAUUCGCAGGACUUUCGCAGUGCAAUAUGAGAUUUGGAACCGUGAUGAAAAGUUGUGAGGGAAUCGUGUAAUUAGUCACCCCCUGCGAUUCCAAGUCGUAUAAUUGACACCCUCUAGGACAGAAAAGGCAGCAAAUUUCAGCAACUGCAGUCAUUAAAUUUAACAUGCUCUCUGACUAGAAGUGGUGAAGAGUCAUGUAGUGUGGAUUUUGUGAGAAAAAAAAACCCACGGGAAACAACAGUUUGUUUAAUGGAUUUGAUGAACAAUGCAUUAACCAAAAAGCCUACAUGAACCAAGCUUCCAAUAUCCAUCUUAAGGGUACAUGUUCAAGUUAGGGCCUGUCCUUGAAUCUUUAUUCAGAGUCUGAAACGCUCCUCAGAUGGACUUAAGCCAUUGAGUUCCUGAAUAUAGACUACACAUUACACUAUAAGCAUCCUUAUCUUUACUUUUUAGGCAAACUAAGUUUACCUUUAAAUAACAGCUCUAGUUAGAAGUGGACCCAAAUGGAAAUGGCUGACCAAAAGUCAUACUUGACUUUUUUCUUAAAUUAGGGAUAUUAAUUGUUUACAGCACAGUGUAUAAAAAGAGAGAGCAGCUGUAUGCUUAGUUCUUACAGCAUGGAUUUUGUUACAGAUUUUACUUAUCUAUUAAUCUAGAUUAUCCAGAUUGUUGCUUUAUUAACUAUUGAGUUAUGUCUUGCACCUGUUUAAAAAUCAAUCAGUAAUGCGUGGUCCUGGAUUUGGAAAGAAUGCAUUUCAGCAGCAAAGUAUGUUGUUUGAAUAGGAUCAAUUAUGAAGCUGUUGGAAUGGGUGUAACAAGAUCAGGAAAGCAGGACCUAUAAUUACUUGAUCAGUGUAAUAUGGAACCUGGCUCAAUGAAGUAUGCAAUCCUAUCAGUAAAAUACAUAUUUAAUCUUGAUUGAAAUAGCUUGGCCUUGAGCUGUAAUGGUUAUAUAUUUUUAAUUAUCCAUUCAGUGUGAAGCAAUUUCCACGUUAUUAAAUUUAAUUUGUCUGUUAUUGGUAUUUUACACGCCAUCAAUAGAUAUUAACCGUCAGUACUACUGCAGUUUGGCCUUAAUAUAAUUUUUAAUGCACAAGAUUGU